UAAGCUUAAGUAGAAGAACACUCAGCCAGCUCAUUUUCAGUUGUUCAUUACCAUGGCGAAUGAAGAAGAAGAUUUGAAGGCAAUUAUGGAGAAACAUAACACAAAAUGGUUCAAUGUUGAAUGUGUGCCUGAGUGCUUUACAUUUUCCAAAGAAGAAAGACCAGGUGAUGCCCCUAUACCCAUAUGCAACAAAAUCCCAGUCAUUGAUCUUGGAAAAUCACAAAAAAUUGAAACAAUCAAGCAACUUUUGCAAGCUGGUCAAGAAUUUGGAUUUUUCCAGGUGAUCAACCAUGGAAUCCCAGAGAGCGUAACAACUCAAACAAUGUCUACCUUUGAAGAGUUUUUCAACAAUAUGACUGACGAAGAAAAAGUUAAUGUGCCAACCAGAAAAGGCUGGAUCUUCACAGGGAGUGAGGAAGAAGUUAAAAAUGGUGUUCAUUUAUGGAGGGAUAAUAUAAAACACCCUUGUCACCCUCUUGAGAAAUGCAUGCAAAGUUGGCCAGAUAAACCACCUACCUACAAAGAAGUAGUUGGAAGAUACGUAACGGAAAUAAGGAAGUUGAGUUUGACAAUUUUGGAGCUAAUAGGCCAAGGAUUGGGAAUUGAAAGAGGCUACUUUGAUGAAGAAAGUGAAGUUCAAUUGUUGUCAGCAAAUAAUUAUCCAGCAUGUCCAGAUCCAAGCUUGACUUUAGGCAUACUAAAACAUCUUGAUCCAAGCCUCAUAACAAUAAUAUAUCAAGGCAAUGUGAGUGGUCUUCAAGUUUUGGUAGAUGGAAAAUGGAUGUGGAUUGAUGCUGUGCCAAAUGCUUUUGUUGUCAACAUAGGCAAUCAAUUAGAGAUAAUCAGUAAUGGGAUGCUAAGAAGUGUGAUGCAUAGAGCAGUAACAAAUUCAAAGGAAGCAAGAACAUCAAUAGCCCUAUUUGUGAAUCCAACUCCAAACAGCAUUGUUGAGCCAGCAAAAGUCUUGUUGAAUGACUCUAAUCCACCUCUCUACAAAUCAAUUAUCUACAAAGAUUUUAUCAAUGCUUCCAAAGCUUUUGGUGCUCAUACUGAUGUCAUACAAAAUGACGCGUAAUCCAAGGCGCGUUUGGACAUGAUUUCAAAUGUGUGAUUUGAAAUAUAAUCAGGUUGAUUUGAAAUUUGGAUCUCUUAAGUUAUAUUUUUAGUUUGUGAAAACUACCAAAACUUUUAUUCCAACUCUUUAUUGUGUAUAAAUAAUCCCUUCAUGUUGUUGGAAGAAUAAUUUUCAGUAUCUUUAAAUGAAUUAUUGUUUUUUUUAA